ACCGAUAGAUGGCGUGUUACAUAACCUCAAAAUUAAAAUGUCUUGAAAAAUAUAAGUAUUUAUAAAAUACGAAAAUGAAUCCGAAUCAGAAUGAUCCGUACGAUAAGGACGAAACGCGCCCUUUUCCUGGACCGAACAGGCAACGUCCCCAGCAGUAUAAAUUUUCGGCGGAAGAAUUACGCGUUAUUAAGGAGUGUAAUGAGGAGAGUUUUUAUCAGAGAUGCUUGCCGAUGAGCGGCCUACUGGCCGGUAGCAUGUACUACGGUGUUAAAGCAGGUUACCUAGCGCCUAGCCAGAGGUUCGGGGCUGUUCCCAAGGUCGCAAUGGGGGUGUUUUUAGGUUAUUUUCUGGGAAAAUUCUCCUACCAGACGAAAUGUGCUGAGAAACUCAUGCAGCUGCCGAAUAGCAAAGUCGGUGAAAUGCUGAGGCAAAGGCGAAGGGGAAACAUACAAGAAAGUAGUGAUAGUUUUGGACCGGGUAUGGCUUUAUCACCAUUUUCCAGCAUUCCUUCCCCAAACGAUACUUAUAGUGAUCUUAACCCUAGAAAUAGUUUGGAUAUGGAUACUUCAAGGCCGCAGAACGAUGGACUUGAUGAAUCGCAGAGGCCUUCACUCGAUAAUCCUAUAUAUGACGAAGAAAUGCCUCCGGUAAAGCCCAACUAUAAAACAUCGUACGAAGAACUAAGGAAACAAAAUAGAGAAGAAUACCAGCAAAAAAGGACUGGUACUUACGGUCAAGCCAAUAAACCGCCUUACACGUCUGCGCCCCGUGCUAGUGAUAGCGAGUCUAUACCAACUUAUAAACCUACAAAUAAGUAUGGUGAUGACUUUGAAUAAAUAUUAAUAAUUGUAGUGAUUAUACUUAAUAAGUCGUAUAUUAAUUUUAGAAAAACAAUUUGUACUAUUUGUUUAUUCUAAAAACACAUUAAAAGGUAACAGAAAGAUAAAAAUGUAUGGUGUUUAAAUAUGGUUGCCUUUAUUUUUUUUUAAUUAAUUUUUAAUUUUCU